AUGUGGUAUAAUCGCUUAAGUGAAUAUUUGUUGAGUAAAGAUUACGUCAACAAUGCGAUAUGCCCUUGCGUAUUCAUUAAGAAAUCCUCGUCAGGAUUUGUGAUUAUUGCUGUAUAUGUAGAUGACCUGAACAUGAUUGGAACUCAAAAGGAAAUUGAUGAUGCAAGAACUCAUAUGAAAGAAGAGUUUGAAAUGAAAGAUCUUGGAAAGACAAAGUUUUGUCUUGGGCUCCAGAUAGAGCAUUUCCAAGAUGGUAUAUUUGUGCAUCAGUCAAAUUACACUAAAAGAGUGUUAAAACGCUUUUAUAUGGACAAAGCAACUCCUUUGAGUACUCCAAUGGUUAAUAGAUCUCUUGAUGUUGAAAAGGAUCCAUUCCGUCCUUGUGAGGAUAACGAGGAAGUGUUAGGUCCUGAAGUACCUUACAUGAGCGCUAUUGGUGGACUAAUGUAUCUUGCAAAUUGCACUAGACCAGAUAUAGCAUUCGCUACUAAUCUGCUUGCAAGAUAUAGAUAUCUAUCAGAUCCACACAAAGCUAGAUCACAAACAGGUUAUGUUUUCACAAUUGGUGGAACCGCGGUCUCCUGGCGUUCGCAAAAGCAAACUUUGGUUGCAACGUCUUCAAAUUAUGCAGAAACUAUUGCUCUCCAUGAAGCAUGUAGAGAGUGUGUGUGGCUCCGGUCUAUGACUCAUCACAUACAAGAAUCAAGUGGAAUAGUCACAGAGAAAGAGCCAACAAAAAUAUUUGAAGACAAUUCUGCAUGUGUCACACAACUCAAAGAAGGUUAUAUCAAGAGUGACAGAACGAAGCAUAUUCCUCCAAGAUUUUUCUCAUACACUCAAGAACUCCAGAAAAAUCAAGAAGUGGACAUCGAGUAUAUUCGUUCAAGUGACAAUGCAGCCGAUCUUUUUACAAAGGCGCUUCCUACUACAGUGUUCAAGAAGCAUGUUCACAGUAUCGGAAUGCGUCGUCUCAAAACUUGUGAAAAGAAAAGAUUAUAUCUUUUCCAGGGGAGAUUAUGCUACGGCUUAAUUGCUCCGGCGGUUUGUGGUGGUGAGAUCUCUCGCGGUAUGGUCUGCUCGGUGGUGGUGACGUGGAGUUCUUGGGAGCUUGAACUAAAGGAGGGUUUGUGCUGGAUCGGCUCUUUCCUCUGCAGAUCUGUCUCCUCACUUCCUUUUCCGGCGAGAUCUUUGAAGAUGGCGUGUAGGAGUGUUUGGAGUGGUGGUUCUCGUCGAGGCGGCCUCUUCUUCCCUAGCGGCGGCGGCGGCUCUGUCUCCUCGCUAUAG